CCGUUGCGUAGCAGCAGUGGGCGUGGUCAAGGGCUAGCUCGAGAAGGCGAGGAGUGGUCGGAACCUUCUUCUCCAUCCUUCUCUUCCCCUUCCCCUACGGGGAAAGGUUGAGACCCGGUACGCAGGCUGCGCCGCGGCCCCCGUGGCCUCAGCUACAGCCAGGUCCCGCGUCCGGAGAAGCCAGGCCGCGUCCCGUGCGGUUCGUAGUGCGCCUGAGCGAGCUUAUAACCCGGGGUUGGGGGAGAGGGGGUGAGGUCCCCGUGGAUUGGCGCCUGGGUCCGAGGUGCUCGGGGUCGGGAGGAAGGGUGGAGAGGAGGAGGAAAAUGGAGGAAAGGAGCUCCGCUGGGAGGAGUCGGGAGUUGUCUGAGAAGGGCUCCUGCCUCGUAGCCUCUGCUGACCUUGAGUUCACAGUGACCUUCCCAACUCAGCCUCCCAGGUGUUGGGAUUGCAGAGCGCUCCUGAUUGUGACAUCACACCCACCCCUGGGCCAUGAAACUUGUCUCUAGGAAGAAAGACUCAGUUGGAGAAUAGCCAACAAGAUGGGAUACUUGGAGUGUCUCCUGAGUGGCACCAAGCAGAGGCAUCAGGGGCUUGGAACCUUGUGAACAGGGAACCUGCCCCCACCACUUAGAAGGACCUGGGUUUCAGUGAUGAGACAUGGGGUAUGAUGUAACCCGGUUCCAGGGGGACGUUGACGAGGACCUCAUCUGCCCUAUUUGCAGUGGAGUCUUGGAGGAGCCAGUACAGGCGCCUCAUUGUGAGCAUGCCUUCUGCAACGCCUGCAUCACCCAAUGGUUCUCUCAGCAGCAGACGUGUCCGGUAGACCGUAGCGUUGUCACGGUUGCCCACCUGCGCCCAGUGCCUCGGAUCAUGCGGAACAUGUUGUCAAAGCUGCAGAUUGCCUGUGACAACGCUGUGUUUGGCUGCAGUGCUGUUGUCAGGCUUGACAGCCUCAUGUCCCACCUCAGUGACUGUGAGCACAACCCGAAGCGGCCUGUGACCUGCGAGCAGGGCUGCGGCCUGGAGAUGCCCAAAGAUGAGCUGCCAAACCACAAUUGCAUUAAGCACCUGCGCUCCGUGGUCCAGCAGCAGCAGACGCGCAUCGCAGAGCUGGAGAAGACAUCUGCUGAACACAAGCACCAGCUGGCAGAACAGAAGCGAGACAUUCAGUUGCUGAAGGCGUAUAUGCGAGCCAUCCGCAGUGUCAACCCCAACCUUCAGAACCUGGAGGAGACAAUCGAGUACAACGAGAUCCUUGAGUGGGUGAACUCCCUACAGCCGGCAAGAGUGACGCGCUGGGGGGGGAUGAUCUCCACUCCUGACGCUGUGCUGCAGGCUGUAAUCAAGCGCUCCCUCGUGGAAAGUGGCUGCCCAGCUUCUAUCGUCAACGAGCUGAUCGAAAAUGCCCAUGAACGCAGCUGGCCCCAGGGUCUGGCCACACUAGAGACAAGACAGAUGAACCGGCGCUACUAUGAGAACUACGUGGCCAAGCGCAUCCCUGGCAAGCAGGCUGUGGUGGUGAUGGCCUGCGAGAACCAGCACAUGGGUGACGACAUGGUGCAGGAGCCGGGGCUGGUCAUGAUCUUUGCACAUGGUGUGGAGGAGAUUUAAGAGCGUGACUGACUAUGAGGAAGAGGUAGAGUGGGAACCUAUGGCCGCUCCAGCAGCUGAGCCCUGACCUCCCCACACACAACCCUGUGCCACGGCUUGUACUGGAGCCUCGCACUCCCUGCUUCUGGCAUGAAGGACCUUGGGCCACUUAGCUCAGCCUUUCAGCGGGGAACCCAAGUUCCUGCCUUUUGCUAUAUUCCUCCCCCCACAAUGUCUGUAAAUUUUCAGUCAGGGUGGAGAAAUCCCCACUUCUGUAUUUGCUGACUAAGAUCCCUGGUUCCCAAAUAUUUUCAGAAAGCACAAAGACACUUGUUUUCCCUAGAGGGUCAGGGUGGAGUGAGGCAUUUCUACACUUGAUCUUAGCCAAAAGGCCGAGAAGCGAUGAGUGAGGCAUUUCUAAUUGUCCCUCUCUUCCAAAACCAGGGGAUCCAAGCAGGCAGGCUUGCUGGCUCCAUGCAGCAUUGAGAGAGCAGCUCUGACAUCCAGCAGAAGGGCUAACAGUGUGACCAAAGCCCCUCUAACUAGUGAGGCCAGGACUUGGUCCUCACUAACAGCCCUUGGGGAAGACCUUUGUGCUGAGCACAUCCCUGUCCAGGCCCCUGUGACUGUGCAGGCCUUGCUGGGUGUGCAGGGAAGGAAGAGGGUAGGCAUUGGUGUUCACGCACUCAGCAGGAAAGCUGUCUGGCUCUGCUGAAGGAGGAUACCACUGCCCCUUGAGGCACGUCUAUGUUGCCUCGUAGGCCCCUCUUCAGUCCUGUGAUUGUAGUUGGCUGGAUUUCCUUUGGUGUUUGUUUAUAUUCCCCAAGUCUCAAACCUCAUCUGUUACCCAGUCUUGUUUUCAUAGAAUGGACUGGCUGUGUCUGUCCUCCGAUCCAGCCCAGCCACAUUGUUGGCAAUUUAAUUUAUUUACUUUUUUUUUUUUAAGAAAGGAGAAAAGAAAAAAAAAUGAAGAAAACUUAAAACCUUU